AUGGAAAACGAUCAAGUGGAAGUUGACUUAUUGGCUGAAGACGGUAAACUUGGUGCGAUCACUGAUGACUCACUCAGGGUUACAGCAAUUCUUGCCGGAGGUGCUGCAGACGGGAAACUUUUUCCUGGUGAUGUGAUUUUAACGGUGAACGGUGAGCAAAUUAAGUCUCGCGACCAACUAGAAUCGCUAAUGUUGUCACCGGAUUCUGUAACCAAAAUCAAACUUUCACGAUCCAGUGCCGGCCCACAAGUGGAUCCAUUUGUAGAUGUCGAUAAAAAUCAAAUGGUACCUUCAGAGUUCGAGAAUUUGCGAAUUUCAGGAUAUGAUAAUGAAAUUGGGGAAUCAGAAGAAACUUGGUCUAUUCCUGCGGGACAACAAUGA